AUGGCUACAUUGACGAUGACGACCCGUAUCUCAGCCAUGACGAACAAGAUGAGGGAUCUCACGCUCGACUCUGGCCGUGGGAAGAGGGACACCACUUCCGCGGAACAGACCGCCGCCGCCGCCGGCUAUAGCUCCAAGUCCAGACGACCAACAGGCGACGUUACCGAAGCUGGCGUGGAGUGCUCUCAUCGUCCGUUCGACCUACUACCCCCGGAGCUCCGGGAACAGGUUUGGGACCUCGCCCUGGCUAGUGUCUCACCUGGGAUCUACUUCUUCCACGAGCAAGACCUUCAGUACGGGGAUGCCUACGACUCAGAAGACCCUUGUUGGAGGGUCAUAGUUCCUCUUCCCUCGAUCCUGCACUUGUGCCGGGAGUCGAGGGAUCACACCAGGCGCAAGAUGUCCUUGACGUGGGCGAGGACUAGGCGCGGCGAGCGUGUCCAAGUUCCCUGUCGGCAGUUCGACCCUCAGAUUGACGCCGCCUACCUCUCUUCCAAGACAAUCGACCAGCUGUACAACAGCAUCCACGAUCCGGUAGAGACAGGGCCCUUCAUGGAGAUCAAACACCUGGCACUGGAGUCGAGGUGCCUCUGCAACGCCCAGUGGCCGCGGUUCGCCAGGCUCCUGUCGCGCCUGGGCACCGCUAACGUCCUGCCAAACCUCGAGCUCAUCUCCGUCAUCUUGGGGCGCGCAUGGAUACGUGAGGAGCCCCCGGUCGGCCGGAGCUGGGAUGGAGAGCAGCCACUCACACCACCUCCCGGCAUGAGCAAGGACGGGUACUACGAGAAGAUCGGGGAGGAGCUGCAGGAGUGGCUCGAGACGGUGGAGCCGCCGUUCAAGUUGAGAUCACGGGCUGGCAUCUGGGGCCCCGAGCUAAUCCCUGGCGACCCGGACUCUCGCAGAGACAUUGAGGAGAUAUGUUGGAUGUUCCAGGAUCAGAUGAUUCCACUGCAAGAGGAUGAAAAUGCGGCGGUCGAACGGGCUAGGCAAUCUCGUCUAGAAGUUGGGCCUUUCAGAGAAGUUGUGCUUAGCCCUGAAGACUUCCAAAAAAGGUGGCCGGCCAAUGUCAACUUCAUGGAGUUGGUGGUGGCCAAAUACUGCUGA